AUGCCGCAUCGACCCGCUCAGCGAUUGACUUCGGUCAGCGAAGUAAGUGAAUCCUCGGAUUCCAUUCCUUUAUCUUUUGUUUACUUGUUUUGUGGAUAAGCGAAACAAUAAACUGAAAGUUUGAACGAUGUUUCAGCAGGAUACAAAAAAAACCAGAGUAGAAAAUAGUGCACCAUGGAGUAAAAUUUUGAAAAAAUAUAAUGGCACCUUCUUAUUUGGCUAAAAGAUAAACGUAUCAAUUUCAGAGCUCUGAGGAAUGGAAGUCUUCCACCACCAAGGAACUCUACAAAUUGGUCGAGCAAGAACUUGAACGUCUUUUAGCCACUGCCAGCGAUGAGAAGGCUAAUGUAAGAUUUUGAAAAUGAAGAUUUCGAUGUGACGGGCUCUCGAUAAGAUGAUUUUUUUAGUACUGGCUCUCCGAACUGAAAGGAUUCAAAUCUUUAUUUGCCAGAUUUCUUCGUGGAAAAACAGUUAUCGAUUGGAAGAAAAUUCAACCCCCAAAGGAGAAUACGGUCAUUCCGUACUCUCAGUUGACAGCUCAUGAAGAUGUCAGAGAAGUUCUGGACAAAUUGGUAGUUGUAAAGUUGAAUGGUGGUCUGGGAACAUCCAUGGGAUGCAAGGGCCCUAAGUCCGUCAUCUCCGUCAGAAACGACUUAACUUUCCUUGAUUUGACCCUUCAGCAAAUCCAGGUCAGUUUUGCGUAGUUACUGUAGUUAGAGUGUGUUUCUUGACUGUUUUUUUUUUAGUUUUUCAACCGUUCUUAUGGGGUCAGCGUCCCGUUGGUCCUGAUGAACUCCUUCAACACCGACGAUGACACCAACAAACUCCUCCGCAAAUACACUAACAUUGAUGUCUCUGUCCACGCUUUCUGCCAAUCUCGGUACCCCAGGAUCGAUAAGGAGACCUAUCUCCCCGUCGCCAAGGAUGUGAAGGAUAAUGAUCUUGAGUGCUGGUAUCCACCAGGUCACGGAAAUUUCUAUGAAUCUUUCAAGAAUUCCGGCCUUCUGGAUAAGUUCAUCAACGAGGGAAAAAAGUAUGUCUUCUUGUCCAACAUUGACAACCUGGGUGCUACUGUGGAUCUGAACAUCUUGAACUUUAUUCAUUCCGACCCAAGAAAACCAGAGUUCGUAAUGGAAGUCACAGAUAAGACCCGUGCUGAUGUGAAGGGAGGUACCUUGAUUGAGUACGAAGGAAAUCCAAGACUUCUUGAGAUUGCUCAGGUACCCAAGGAAUACACGGACGAGUUCAAGAGCGUCUCCAAGUUCAGGUAUGCCGCGGAUCGUUAAAACUUGAUAGUGAGAACUUGUUAUUAUUGGACGAGAUUUACUUCUACAACUUACAAAUUGCAGAAUCUUUAACACAAAUAACCUUUGGGCCAACCUUGAAGCCAUCAAGAGGGUCGUUGAGAACUCAGAGUUGGAUAUGGAAGUUAUUGUAAACCCGAAGCAUUUGGACAGAGGAAUCGAUGUUGUUCAACUCGAAACUGCUGCUGGAGCUGCCAUUAAGAACUUCAGGAACUCUUGUGGAGUCAACGUCCCCAGAUCGAGGUUCUUGCCCGUGAAAAAGACCUCCGAUCUUCUCCUUUUGAUGUCUAAUCUCUAUGAAAUUGAAAAUGGAAAGCUCACGUUGAGCACUUAUAGACAAUUCCAAACUACUCCAUUUGUCAAACUUGGAAGCUCCUUCGAUAAGGUAAGCAGUUUGUAUAGUUCAACGUUGACGCUCCUUAUGAAUGAUUAUAUUACCCUUGCUUUUCAGGUGAAAGAUUUCCUCAACAGAUUCCAAGGGAUCCCCGAUAUUCUUGAACUUGACCAUCUCACUGUGUCCGGCAAUGUCUGGUUUGGAAAGGGCGUUGUUCUAAAGGUAAUACUAUAUAUUGUUUUUCUUUAACCUCAUUUUAGGGUACUGUAAUCAUCAUUGCUAAUGACGGUGAGAGAAUCGAUGUGCCUUCUGGAGCAGUGUUGGAGAACAAGAUCGUGUCGGGUAAUCUGAGAAUCGUCGACCAUUAG